AUGCACAAUCGAGAUCCUCGGCGUACUACUGUGCAAGGUGGUAGAACUUUUAUUACUCCGCAUGAUGUCUCUCUUCCAGGCUUGGACAAUUGGUUAAAAAAAUUCUUGACAUUGGAAAGAACUGACCAAUAUAUCACAGCGCUUCAGCAGCCUGUAGACACCUUAGAGGGUCUAUGCAGACGAAAGGAUGUCCUCGAUAUGUUUCACGACGCUACUGAACACAAUCACAGGGCUUACCAAACAGCAUUACAGAGCCUCGACAGAAUCAUUGAUGAUUACUACAGACGAUUCAGAUUGUAUGAGCUUGCCCGUGAAACUUCGCCAGACGUGAAAAUGAACGAUUUUUUUACCAAUAAAGAUAAUAUUUUUGAAGAUCCUGACAAUCAAAGUCGCAGUGAGGAUGACUCUAAGUUGGACUGUGCUCCAUUUCUUGAUAAGUCCGAUAUGCAAACUAAUACUUUUGUUGGGUCUUCUGAGAAAACACAUAACCAAAGCGUCGAAACCAGUAGCAAGAUAAGCUCUAAUACCAGCACUGACCUGGAAACCGUCGAAGAUUACAUGGCCACUGUUGAUAAUGCUUCCGAUUCUGUGGCUAAUCAAAGCGAACAAGUUAUUUUGGGCCAAAUUAAUAGAUUCAGUAGCGAUCUUUAUAAGGAUAUCGUAAUUAAUUUGGGAGCCAACGAAUCUGAUUCUGAUUCUCUGGUUACAAGCAAUGAAAUCUAG